GUAGGUGCUCAUUUUCUUGCCUACUGAGCAGCGAGCUAUUGACCAUGUCUCCUCUGAUGGUGAUGCUCCUACUCGCCGUAACAAUGGCGCCCUGCGUUCUUGUCGCUCGAGGCAGCGGCAGCGCGUCCCACCCGGCGUACGCAGACGCCGCCGGCACCUGCGGUCCCGGCGGCGCUGCCGCCGAAGCGGCGGAGGUGCGGCUGGAGGAGUACGGCGGCUGGCGCAUCGUGGACAUCACGCACGCUUACCGGCCGGAGCUGCCGGCACCGGGGCGGGACGGGCUGGGUCCGGUGACUCGGCUCACGGAGUCGAUGGCGAAUGGAUCCAUCAACAACGUGUCGGAGCUGCGCAUGGUGGUGCACGCCGGGACCCAUGUCGACGCGCCGGGGCACAUGGUCCAGGAACACUUCGAAGCCGGCCUGGACGUCGACAAGCUCGACCUCGACGUCCUCAAUGGGCUUGCAUUGCUCAUUGAUGUUCCGAGAGACACGAAUAUAACAGCUCAAGCAAUGGAAUCCCUAAAUAUCCCAAAAGGAAUUCGUCGAGUUCUUUUCAGGACACUUAACACUGACAGGAAGCUGAUGUGGACAAAGACAAUUGACACGAGUUUUGUUGGAUUUACAGAGGAUGGUGCACGGUGGUUAGCUGACAACACUGACAUCAAGCUAGUUGGGGUUGACUAUCUAUCAGUUGCGGCAUUUGAUCACUUGAUCCCAGCCCAUUUGGUCUUUUUGAAUAGCCCGGACAUAAUCCCAAUAGAAGGUCUGAAACUAGAUCAUGUGAAGGCUGGAAUAUACAUGUUGCAUUGCUUACCUCUCAGACUGGUUGGAUCCGAUGGCUCACCAAUCAGGUGCAUCCUUAUCAAGUGAUCACUCGCUGCUACUGCUGAAGGUGACCUUGUAUCAUGCCAGCUGAUACUAUAUCCUGGUUAUGUCCUGGUACACAGCCACCUCCUUAUGAAAGAAUAUGAUGCAUGACAUGUUGAUAUAUUUGUGCGCUCAAUAAGGAAACAACAAUAUUUCCAUCGAUACAAUGUAACUAUGGAUAAGUACGUGUUGUAAGAAAGACUUACAGUGAUUCACCUGGGAAGCAAUGGCCAUUACUGGCAAAAUCUACAAUGUGUUGCCGGCAUUAUGAUAAUAUGUAAUACAUGCUAUGUCUGCAAUUCUGUGUUACCGGCAAUAUCAAUAAUUACUGAUGCAGAUGCA